AAUGUCACGGUACCUGUUCAUCACAUUGAAAAUCAAUGUUGCGACAAAGCUAAGCAUUUUACGGCAAUUGCUAUGGAAACACAAGGACGCCGGAACAAACAUCACGCGUUAUUGACUAAACUGAAGUUUGAUUUCUAUUGAAUGUCAAGAUAAAACAAUACAACUACACAAGACGGCACCCAUUUCCCGAACAGAAAUGUCUACUGACAUAAGUAAAAUCGACCCUCUUGCAUUAGAUGAAGAUAUUCAAGUAAAGAAAGGUGGUAAGAAGGGAACCGCGAGCUGGGAGCAUCAAGAGUUAUCUCAGAUCUUGAUCAAAGUGAUAAGAGGCCAUUCAGAUGAAGUUAGCUGUUGCCACUUCUGUUUCGAAGACAGCAAAAUACUUACAUGUUCUCAUGACAAAACAGCAAAACUCUGGGACAUUGAUAAUGGGGCUCCUUUGCAUGUCUAUGAUGGAGGACACAGUGCUCCGAUUAUUAAAUGUGCACUAACUCCUGACAACAAAAGGCUGUUCACUGCAUCCUGGGAUAAGACAGUAAAAGCUUGGGAUGUUGAGACAGGAUGCAUUCUUUGGGCUUUUUUUCAUGAUGGCAUUGUUACCUCCUUUGAUGUUUCUUCCGAUGGGAAGUAUGUAGUAUCUGGCUCAGAUGCGAAAUACACCCUCCACCUUAUUGAUGCUGAAACCGGUACAGAGCUGUGUCACCUUGAAGACCAUCAUAGAAGCACAAUAACCUGCUGUCGGAUUGACCCUGACAGCCAGCGUGUUGCUUCUGUAUCCUCUGACAAGACCAUAAAACUCUGGGAUCUUGAAACGAAAAGAACGACUAUCUUUAUUAAUAAAAGUGGCCAUGGCAAUGUAAUCUCAGACUGCAGCUUCAGCCCGAAUGGCCGUUACUUGUGUACUGCUUCGUGGGAUAAAUCCUUACGACUAUGGGACAUCAAAACGGGAGAGUUUCGCACUCAAGGAGCAGUGACCCUGGACGAGGGUCAUGCAGGCAACAUCAGCUCCUGUGCAUUCUCUAAAGAUUCAUCUGUUCUGGUAUCUGGUUCCUAUGAUAAAACCGUAGUAGUCUGGGAUAUGGCAGGAGCAUGUAAAAAGCUUGUCUUAAAGGGGCAUGCAGACUGGGUGACGGAUGUUGACAUAAGUUCUGACAAGAAGUGGAUUCUGUCCAGCUCUAAGGACUCUAGUGUGCGCUUGUGGAAUAUCGAGAAUUCAGACCACAUCCCAGCAGUGAUUGAGACUCGAAAAGCGAAGGGAUUAAAGAUAGUGAAGUGUGAAGAAUGUGGAAAACCUUUUUCAAUAACCCAGAUGGAAGACUCUGAGUUUAUUUCUAAAUGUGUAUUCUGCCGGCUAGCCUCUCCUUCCAGAUACUAUCUGCCAUCACCACCUACUCUUUGACACUGACUGUCACCGCUUAAUACAUUUUUAUGUAUUCUAUUAUGAUGCAUAUGUCACUGAUGUUGGAAUCUUAUGUGUCCCCACGACCAGAUUGCAAACUGUGGGUGAUCAGGCCUUCUGUUCCUUUGUCCCUAGGUUGUGGAAUGCCCUUCCCAAAGAAAUCAGGGACACUGAAUCCUGUUGUGCUGUUGUUGU